GUAUAAAAGGGGAUUGUUGUCACUUGUAAAGGCAUCAGUUCAGUUCUCACUUCUGUUCUAGCUACUUCAAAGAUGAAAUUCCUGUCGGUUGCCUUCCUACUCGGCCUUCUGGCUCUGACCAGCGCCACUCCUCUGAACCCUGGCAAUGUCAUUAUUAAUGGAGAUUGUCGUGUCUGCAACGUUCAUGGCGGAAAAUGAGAUGGAAACAUAUAAAGCCAAUUCAGCUAUUAAGAUGGACAUACAUAUAAAGCUAUAAAUAAUUUCUUAUCAAUUUUUGAUUGGACCACUUGAAAUAAAAUUCCCACGCUAAUCUCUA